AUGGAAGGCUUGCGUUUUGGCACUCGGCACAUUUACAUUGAAAAUGGGCAUGCAAUUUUGAGCGUAGUAAUAAGCGAAUGCUACAACCUGACCAGUAAUGGCCACAACAAAAUUGGUCAUUCCAGCGUGUCCUUUCUCACUCUCUGAAGUGAAGGGCAACAGAAGGGAUUUCAAAUGCAUGUCCAAUGCCAAAGGAGGAGGAGGAGGCGGCUAUCGACCUGCAUUAAUUCUUCCAGGAUUGGGUAAUAAUUCAAGUGAUUAUCAACAAUUGUCUUCUUCCUUGGAAGCAAAAGGUGUUCGCACUGUUGUUGCGAAUGUUUCUCGACCUGAUUGGCUACGAAAUGCAGCUGGACUAUUAGAUGGGAAUUAUUGGAAAGGAACACUUCGUCCAAGACCAGUCCUAGACUGGUAUCUCAAAAAAAUUGAAGACGCGAUUUCUACAGCAAACCAACUUGCUGAUGGUGGGAAAAUCUCCUUAAUUGGUCAUUCAGCAGGAGGUUGGCUAGCACGUGUGUACUUGGCAGAGUAUGGGUUCGAUGGAAUUUCUCUUCUGUUGACUCUUGGAACUCCUCAUUUGCCACCUCCAAAAGGAGUAUCGGGAGUUAUUGAUCAGACAAGGGGACUCUUAGAUUAUGUGGAAAAAUAUUGCCCAGUUUCCAGUUAUGCAUCGCAGUUAAAAGUUGUGUGUAUUGCAGGGAGGUAUGUUAAAGGAGAACGUUUCUUCAAAAACCAAAGUAUCAAACUUUCCAGUAGCUCAAUGGAAACUGUUGCAGGUGUUGAUGGUAAUCUUAUAGUAAAACCUAAUGAAGGGACUAUUGAAGCAAUUGAUAAUGACAUGGAUAAGAGCUCCUCAAACCAGUUAAAUUCUUCAAGAUUCCGUGCAUUAAUUGUUGGUCAAGGAUACAAGCAGGUGUGUGGUAAAGCUAACGUGUGGGGAGAUGGAGUGGUUCCUGAAGUCUCAGCUCAUCUAGAAGGAGCCAAAAAUAUAACUUUAGAGGGUGUCUAUCACUCUCCUGUUGGAGCUGAUGACAUCUCUAGACCGUGGUAUGGCUCAAAUACAGUUCUUGACAAGUGGAUGCAUCAUUUACAGGAUUGAAACAUUUUUGAGAUUUUUUUCUCAUUUCAUUGUUUUUGGAGGUUCUAGCAUGGCCUUUGUAAUGCUUAUUGCAUUUGACAUCUACACGUAAUUCCAUUGCUUUCAAGGACAAAGAGAGGAAAUAGAUACAACUGUUUUCAAUUAGGAAUAUAUUGGUAAGAACAAAGAGACAAUUCAAGAAUUAUCAAGUACUUCAACAUUCACGUGUAUCAACCCAAUAAUAUACAUGAAAACUGUUUGUAGGGCUUGCUUUCCUUAAUUUGUAACUGUAAGGAAUGACUUUAAGAGAUAAAUGCUUUAUAUAUUACAAGGGACAAAAUAGAGAUAACAUCCCAUUUUACAACUUUUUUUUUCCUCCAUAAAUACUCUAAAACUUAACCAUUAUUGAGUAUAUUGAAUAGCAUUUCAUUUCAAAUUGAUAUGAAAUAACUUCAUCUUA